AUGACUGUGCAGGUCUUGAUCGUGAGCUCGCAGUGCUGUGACUUUCUGGCUCUUCCUUCUUCAAUGAUUAUAGUAGCAGUUUAUUGUCCUGUGAUAGCUGCUGUUUUCAUUGUUCUGAAGAUGGUCAACUAUCGACUCCACAGAGCACUUGAUGCCGGAGAAGUUAUAGAUAGGAGUGCGAAUGAGUUCCCAGAUCAGCGAGCCAAAGCUGAGCAAGGCAACUGUUCAACCAGGAGAAAAGACAGUAAUGGACCGAGCGAUCCUGGUGGAGGGAUUGAAAUGUCUGAGUUCAUUCGAGAGGCCACACCCCCAGUUGGUUGCAGUUCAAGAAAUUCUUAUGCUGGCCUAGAUCCAAGUAACCAGAUUGGAUCUGGUUCCUCUCGUCUUGGAACAGCAGCAACUAUUAAAGGAGACACAGACACCGCUAAGACUUCUGAUGAUAUUAGUUUAAGUCUGGGCCAGAGCUCUAGUCUUUGUAAGGAAGGAAGUGAAGAACAAGAUUUGGCAACUGAUCGGAAGCUCUUCCGUCUGGUCUCCAAUGAUUCCUUCAUCUCCAUUCAGCCUUCCUUAUCCUCCUGUGGACAGGACUUACCAAGGGACUUUAGUGACAAAGUGAGCUUGCCGAGUCAUGGCCACCACCACCACAUCGAUCAGUCUCUGUCCAACACCUGUGACACAGAAGUGGCUUCUCUCGUCCCUUUACAUUCACACUCUUACAGGAAAGAUCACCGGCCACGAGGGGUACCACGGACUUCUAGCUCUGCUGUGGCUUUUCCAGACACUUCACUGAACGACUUCCCUCUCUAUCAGCAAAGACGGGGGUUAGAUCCGGUUAGCGAGUUAGAAUCUUCCAAGCCUCAUUCUGGAUCCAAAGAAUCCUUGGUGGAAAAUGCUUGUUUAUCUGGGGAAUUUCAGCUCGUUGGUGAGCUGAAAAACAGUAAUUCUCAGCCACCUACAAAAAGUGGGAGGAGCAAACCUUUGAAAGCAGACAAAAGCGUGGACAGCCUGAGGAGCCUGAGCACGCGGAGCAGUGGGUCGACAGAGAGCUACUGCAGUGGAACGGACCGUGACACCAACAGUACCGUCAGCAGCUACAAAAGUGAGCAGACCAGCUCGACUCAUAUAGAGAGCAUCUUGUCGGAGCAUGAGGAGUCCCCUCAAGUAGGAAAGAAAAGCGGUAGGAAGAAAGAGGAGUGCUGUGCUGACCCAGAGGACCAGAGUAGCUGUACCAGUGACAAAAGGACUAACAGUGAGAAGACUGCCUUGGAAGUGAGUACAAACAGUGGGGUUCAAGAGGCCAAGGAUCCCAGUGAUGAUAUGCACAAUCAGAAAGGUCUCAGCACCUCUGCAUCUGAAGAAGCCAACAAGAAUCCCCACGCAAACGAAUUUACUUCCCAGGGGGACAGACCGCUUGGGAAAACCGCUGACCCCAAAGACGAGCAGAGUGAAAAGUCAGCUGUCUCAGCGGACUCAAAAGUUGGUAAAGACGGUGGUGGAAAGCAAAAGGAAGGGGAUGUACGACCUAAAUCCUCUAGCUUGAUCCACCGGACAGCCUCUGCCCAUAAGUCAGGCCGGAGACGGACAGGAAAAAAACGGGCCAGCAGUUUUGAUUCAAGUCGGCAUAGGGACUAUGUGUCCUUCCGAGGUGUUGCUGGCACAAAGCCACAUAGUGCUAUAUUCUGUCACGAUGAGGACUCUAGCGACCAAAGUGACUUGAGCAGAGCAUCAAGUGUGCAGUCUGCUCACCAGGUCAGCAGCGAUAGCUCUUCCAGCACCACUUCUCAUUCAUGUCAGUCUCCGGAGGGCAGAUGCAGUGCUCUAAAGACCAAACACGUCCCGAAAGAAAGGGGCACUGACUCCGAGCACACACACAAAGCCCAUCCGGGUCCCGAAGGAACUUGCAAAAAGCGGACGACACGUCGGACUUCCAGCACAAAUAGUGCCAAGACGCGGGCCCGAGUGUUGAGCCUGGACAGUGGCACAGUAGCGUGUUUGAAUGACUCCAAUAGGCUGAUGGCACCCGAAAGUAUAAAACCCUUAACCACUUCAAAAUCUGAUCUCGAGGCCAAAGAGGGAGAGGUGCUAGAUGAGCUAUCGUUAUUGGGCCGGGCUUCCCAGUUAGAGACGGUCACUCGGUCUAGGAAUAGCUUGCCAAGCCAGGUUGCGUUUCCUGAAGGCGAAGAGCAAGAUGCGGGCAGUGGAGCAGCACAGGCCAGCGAGGAGGCAGUGUCAUUUCGCCGUGAACGCAGCACAUUUAGGCGCCAGGCAGUACGGCGCCGGCACAAUGCAGGGAGUAACCCUACCCCUCCUACAUUGCUCAUCGGAUCACCCCUCAGCCUUCAAGAUGGUCAGCAAGGCCAGCAGUCCACAGCCCAGGUCAAAGUCCAGUCCCGCCCCCCUUCCCAGGCUGCAGUGCUCAGUGCUAGUGCCUCCUUGCUGGUGAGAAAUGGGAGUGUCCACUUAGAAGCAUCACAUGACAAUGCAUCUGCUGUAGGCGGCAGCAGUUUGCACGAUGAACUUGGUAAGUUCUCUUCUACGCUUUAUGAGACUGGUGGCUGUGAUAUGUCACUUGUGAAUUUUGAACCGGCAGCAAGAAGAGCAUCUAAUAUCUGUGACACGGAUUCUCAUGUAUCCAGUUCUACCUCAGUUCGAUUUUAUCCACAUGAUGUGCUCUCUCUUCCACAGAUUCGGUUGAACAGACUAUUGACGAUCGAUACAGAUUUGUUGGAGCAGCAAGACAUUGACCUCAGCCCUGACUUGGCAGCGACUUAUGGUCCAACCGAAGAAGCUGCUCAAAAGGUUAAACACUAUUACCGCUUUUGGAUCUUACCCCAGCUGUGGAUCGGCAUUAACUUUGACAGACUCACACUUUUGGCCCUGUUUGAUAGAAAUCGUGAGAUUCUGGAAAAUGUGUUAGCUGUCAUCCUGGCUAUUCUUGUGGCUUUUUUGGGAUCUGUUCUUCUCAUACAAGGCUUCUUCAGAGAUAUCUGGGUCUUCCAGUUCUGCCUAGUGAUAGCCAGCUGUCAAUACUCGCUACUUAAGAGUGUUCAACCAGAUUCGUCUUCUCCCAGACAUGGCCAUAAUCGAAUCAUUGCCUACAGUAGACCAGUUUAUUUCUGUUUGUGUUGUGGUCUUAUUUGGCUCUUGGAUUAUGGUAGCAGAAACCUUACUACAACCAAGUUCAAAUUAUAUGGAAUAACUUUCACUAAUCCACUGGUGCUGAUAUCAGCCAGGGAUUUAGUUAUAGUGUUUACACUCUGUUUCCCAAUAGUGUUUUUCAUUGGUCUCCUGCCUCAGGUGAAUACGUUUGUUAUGUACCUUUGUGAACAAUUGGAUAUUCAUAUCUUUGGUGGUAAUGCCACUACAAGCUUGCUUGCAGCCCUUUACAGUUUUAUCUGUAGCAUUGUGGCGGUAGCCUUACUGUAUGGAUUGUGUUAUGGGGCUUUAAAGAAUGCUGUUAGUGAGCGUUUACAAUCUGACCUAGUAGUAUGCAUUGUAAUUGGUGUGCUGUAUUUUGCUAUUCAUGUAAGCACGGUGUUCACAGUGUUGCAGCCUGCUCUCAAGUAUGUGUUAUAUGCAUUGGUCGGCUUUGUAGGUUUUGUAACCCAUUAUGUGCUGCCUCAAGUUAGAAAACAGCUACCAUGGCACUGUUUUUCUCACCCUCUGCUGAAGACAGUGGAGUAUAAUCAAUACGAAGUUCGGAAUGCAGCCACUAUGAUGUGGUUUGAGAAACUUCAUGUGUGGCUUCUUUUUGUGGAGAAGAAUAUCAUCUACCCAUUGAUUGUUCUUAAUGAACUUAGUAGCAGUGCAGAGACCAUUGCUAGUCCAAAAAAACUGGAUACAGAAUUAGGUGCUUUAAUGAUCACCAUUGCUGGUCUGAAGUUGCUACGAUCCUCUUUCAGCAGCCCUACAUAUCAGUAUGUCACAGUCCUCUUCACUGUGCUCUUUUUCAAAAUCGACUAUGAAGCGUUUUCAGAGACCAUGUUGUUGGAUCUCUUCUUCAUGUCUAUACUCUUCAACAAGCUUUGGGAACUCCUUUAUAAAUUGCAGUUUGUGUACACUUACAUUGCCCCAUGGCAAAUUACAUGGGGUUCUGCUUUCCAUGCUUUUGCUCAGCCCUUUGCAGUACCCCAUUCAGCCAUGUUGUUUGUUCAGGCUGCUGUAUCGGCCUUUUUUUCUACUCCACUAAAUCCCUUUCUAGGAAGUGCAAUAUUCAUCACUUCGUAUGUUCGACCUGUCAAAUUCUGGGAGAGAGACUAUAACACAAAACGAGUGGAUCAUUCGAAUACCAGAUUGGCUUCCCAGCUUGAUAGAAAUCCAGGAUCAGAUGACAACAAUCUGAAUUCCAUCUUUUAUGAACAUUUAACCAGAUCCCUACAACACAGUCUCUGUGGUGAUUUGCUCCUAGGACGGUGGGGAAACUACAGUACGGGGGACUGUUUCAUUCUUGCCUCUGACUACCUCAAUGCAUUAGUACACCUUAUAGAGAUAGGCAACGGGCUAGUCACUUUCCAGCUGCGGGGACUUGAAUUCAGAGGUACUUACUGUCAACAACGGGAAGUAGAGGCCAUUACUGAAGGCGUUGAAGAAGAUGAAGGAUUUUGCUGUUGUGAACCUGGUCAUAUUCCUCAUGUGCUUUCAUUUAAUGCUGCAUUUAGCCAGCGCUGGCUAGCUUGGGAAGUGAUAGUCACUAAGUAUAUUCUGGAGGGGUAUAGCAUCACUGACAAUAGUGCUGCUUCUAUGCUUCAAGUCUUUGAUCUUCGGAAAGUACUCACCACUUACUAUGUCAAGGGUAUCAUUUAUUAUGUUACAACUUCUUCUAAGCUAGAGGAGUGGCUAGCUAAUGAGACAAUGCAGGAGGGACUGCGUUUGUGUGCAGAUCGAAAUUAUGUUGAUGUAGACCCAACAUUUAAUCCAAACAUUGAUGAAGACUAUGACCAUCGACUAGCUGGCAUAUCCAGGGAGAGUUUCUGUGUGAUUUACCUCAACUGGAUAGAGUAUUGCUCUUCCCGAAGAGCAAAGCCACUGGAUGUAGACAAAGAUUCAUCCCUGGUGACUCUUUGUUAUGGACUUUGUGUUCUGGGACGGAGAGCUUUGGGGACUGCAUCCCACCAUAUGUCCAGUAAUUUAGAGUCAUUCCUCUAUGGACUGCAUGCCCUAUUUAAGGGAGAUUUCCGUAUUUCUUCAAUUCGAGAUGAAUGGAUCUUUGCUGACAUGGAAUUACUAAGGAAAGUAGUAGUCCCGGGGAUCCGCAUGUCCAUUAAACUUCAUCAGGAUCAUUUCACUUCUCCAGAUGAGUAUGAUGACCCUACUGUGCUCUAUGAAGCCAUUGUGUCUCAUGAAAAGAACCUCGUAAUAGCUCAUGAAGGGGACCCUGCGUGGCGGAGCGCGGUUCUUGCCAAUUCUCCCUCCCUGCUUGCUCUGCGGCAUGUCAUGGAUGAUGGCACCAAUGAAUAUAAGAUCAUAAUGCUGAAUAGACGAUACCUGAGCUUCAGAGUCAUUAAGGUUAAUAAGGAAUGUGUCCGAGGUCUUUGGGCAGGACAACAGCAAGAGCUUGUGUUUCUACGUAACCGUAAUCCAGAGAGAGGGAGCAUCCAGAAUGCAAAACAAGCUCUGAGAAACAUGAUAAACUCAUCUUGUGAUCAACCUAUUGGCUACCCAAUCUUUGUCUCCCCCCUGACAACUUCUUACUCUGACAGCCACGAACAGCUUAAAGAAAUCCUUGGGGGACCUAUCAGCUUGGGCAAUAUCAGAAACUUCAUAGUGUCAACCUGGCACAGGUUAAGGAAAGGGUGUGGGGCUGGCUGUAACAGUGGUGGCAAUAUUGAAGAUUCCGACACUGGAGGUGGAAUUUCCUGCACUAGUAACAAUGCAACAAGUGCCAGUGACCCCCAUAGCAAUGUGUCCCAGGGAAGCACUGCAAAUCCAGGGCAAGGGUCGGGAGCAGGACCCCAUCCACCUGUCACGUCUUAUCCUCCAACACUAGGCACUAGCCACAGCUCCCACUCUGUCCAGUCAAGCCUGGUCAGACAGUCCCCUGCUCGGGCCUCAGUGGCCAGCCAGUCGUCUUACUGCUACAGCAGCCGGCACUCGUCUCUCCGGAUGUCCACCACGGGGUUCGUGCCCUGUCGGCGCUCGUCCACCAGUCAGAUAUCGCUCCGGAACUUGCCGUCCUCCAUCCAGUCCCGCCUCUCCAUGGUGAACCAGAUGGAGCCCUCCGGUCAGAGCGGCGUGGGCUGUGUGCAGCAUGGCCUCCCCUCUUCCAGCAGCUCCAGCCAGAGCAUCCCGGCCUGCAAACAUCACACUCUCGUGGGCUUUCUUGGGACAGAGGGAGGUCAGAGCAGUGCCGCCGACGCCCAGCCGGGCAACCCCUUAAGUCCUGCCAAUAAUUCACACGCCAAAAGGGGGGAAGUGAUUUACAGAGUCCAAAUCGUGGAUCCCAGUCAAGUUCUGGAUGGGAUCAACCUAUCAAAAAGGAAAGAGCUGCAGUGGCCUGAUGAGGGUGUCCGGUUAAAAGCUGGGAGAAACAGCUGGAAAGACUGGAGUCCUCAGGAGGGCAUGGAAGGCCAUGUGAUUCACCGAUGGGUGCCUUGCAGCAGAGAUCCAGACGUUGGAAAAAGAGAGGAGAGCGCAGAAGACGCCUGCAGGUUUUCCUCUGCUCCUGUGUGGGAGAUACUUGGAUGUAGAGUGGGCUCGGCCAAGCGCCUCUCCUUCGCCCUUCACCCUGACUCCUAUGUCACCUGGGGCUGUAAGGCUGGUGCUUCUCACGGGACCACAGAGGAACACUGUGGUCUGCAGGCCAUCAGCCUUUCAGGGGAGAGCAAGUUCUGCAGGCCAAACAGCAAACUGCCUUGUUGCACCUUGACAGUCUGGACAGGUGACAGUGACGAGUUGAACGUGCUGGCGCAAAGGAAGCCCACCAUCUGGUGGUCUUCUAACAGCUCCAAAAUGAUCAUUCUGGGCCUGGGCGGUUGGGACGACAGCACAGUCCACACAUCAGUGCUCUGCGUGUGCUGGAUGGGGACCGUGUAG